UCUAUCUUUCAAUUUACUUUCUGUCGUUCAACCUAAUUACAACCUUGAUGGCCCAUUUAACCAAACCACCAAAAUAUGAUAUCAAGGACUCUAACAUUGCGCUCCUAGGCUCCGACUUGGAGAAACGCGUCCGAGAGCAUGCUGGUGAUACAGAGCCCGCGUGGAAGAGUGCAGGAGCGAGACCAGGUAUCGAAGUGUGGAGGAUUGAACAGUUCCGGAUUGUCUUCAGAGAAGUCAAUGGUGAAUUCUAUGAUGGAGAUUCAUAUAUUGUGUUGCACACUUACAAAAAGAACCCCGAUUCUGAAACCUUGUCGUAUGAUCUUCACUUUUGGCUUGGAGAGGAAACGUCUCAAGAUGAGGCUGGCACAGCCGCAUACAAGACCGUCGAACUGGAUGACUAUCUACAUGGCGUACCUGUCCAGUAUCGUGAAGUCCAAGGGUACGAAUCAUCUCGUUUUCUCUCCUACUUUCGUCAUUUCGUUUGUCUCCACGGGGGAAUAGAAAGUGGCUUCCGACACAUCGUUGACCCCCCUUCCCUUGACUUACGAAUCUUAUAUCACAUAUCUUUCACCACAGAAAACAAUCUUGUUAUUCGCCAAGUCCCCGCACAUUCAUCUAGUCUAAUCAAAGGCGACGUGUAUGUCCUGGAUAAGGGGACAAAAGUGUGGCAGUUCAAUACCAAGGAUAGCGCUGGGAAAGAAAGGUUCAGAGCAGCUGAAUUCGUUAGGAAUAUAGUUGACAAGAGAGGAGGGCAGCCCGAGCUUACGGUAUUCGAUGAAGGCGGUUCGGGUGCCGGUAUAUUCCUGAACGAAUUUGGAGAAGGGACGACGCUCCGGCAACCUGAUACUAGCGAUAGUGGUCCCCGAGCAUUAUUCAGGUUAUCAGAUGCAUCCGGUUCUGUCGUAUUUGAAGGCGUUGAGCCACCCACAUCAGCGUCACUGUCUUCAUCCGACACUUUUCUGCUGGAUGAUUCUCACGAUUCUCAUCAUCCAGCGGUCUAUGUUUGGAUUGGAAAAUCUGCGUCGUUGGCUGAACGCAAGCUAGCCCCUCAAUACGCUCAGAGAUAUCUUCACCAGAAGCAUUUUCCUGCAGCCCAUGUACCCAUUAUUAAGAUGAGGGAGGGAGAGGAAAGCGACAUGUUUCUUAAAGUUGUAACAGUUUGAACUUACGUACCUCGACCGAUAUGUUGAUCCCUAGAACUGUGUUUCUGAGACUGAACAAUUAUGCCAGUAUCUUCCUGAUGAGAGCAUU